AUGGCCACCAACAACUACCGCAUGGCCACCUACGUCAGCCCCUACCCGGAGCUGACCGAGGUCGUCGCCUGGCUCGACGCCUACCGCGCCGGCGAGCACGACCCCGAGUACAUGUGCCGCAACUGCGUCUCGGGCGGCGCCAACACUUGCCCCCACUGGAAGAAUAUCACGGGCUACACCGAAGCCCAAUACUACGCGCACAUGAUCAGUAUUGGUCGCGGUGCCCAGCAGGCCGAGGCGGACGUCCACGCGUUCCGCACCAUUCGCAACUGGCAGGUGGGCCAGCAGAUGACCCGUUGGCCUGCUUGA